AAAAACAAGAAAGACAAUAAAAAUAGAAGUUAUUUUAAUGAAGCAAUCAUAGGUUUAUAUGUCCUGUCUCUGGCAAGAAAAGAGUGAAAUCAACAAUCUGUUCUUGGCUUUCUAGGGUUCUCAACUUUAAUUCAUUCGAACUGGAGCCAUCAAAGCCAUGGACGGAAAUUUGAACGAUAAUGCAUCUUUGUGUGCUCGGAUUAAAGAAUUGGAGCGUGAGCGUGAUGAAUUGCAUAAAGAUAUUGAACAACUAUGCAUGCAACAAACUGGAUCUAGCUAUAUUGGGAUGCCUACUCGUGUGCCUCUUCAUAGGAUAGCUGGGUUGGAGCAGGAGACUGAAAACUUGAAAAAGAAACUAGCUGCUUGCACACUAGAAAAUCAGAAUCUUCAAGAAGAGCUGUCAGAAGCUUAUAGCAUCAAAGGUCAACUGGCUGAUCUACACAGUGCAGAAGUUUCCAAGAAUACUGAAGCAGAAAAGCAGCUUAAAUUUUUUCAAGGUUGUGUUGCUGCUGCAUUUUCUGAGCGGGACCAUGCCGUGAUGGAGGCUGAAAGGGCUAAGGAAAAAGAGGAGCUUAUGUCGAGAGGAUUUCAUGAACUUCAGCAGAGGAUUGAAGAGCUAAACUGUGAUUUACUUGAAGAGAAAAUAUUGACGGUUACUUUGCAGAGUGAUAUGGAUGGGGAAGAGAGGUUGGAUGAGUCUUUCAAGGAGGUUGUUCAUAAGUUCUAUGAGAUCAGACAGCAGUCAUUGGAGGAGGAUAUUGAAGAUGUGUCCUGGGAAGACAAAUGUGAGUGCCUCCUGCAUGAUUCGUCUGAAAUGUGGACUUUCAGAAAUCCCGAGGAAACAUCCACCUCUAAGUACAUUAGUGCUCUGGAAGAACAAGUGGAGACACUGCGAAAAUCUUUGGAUAAUCUUCAGAACAAGCUACAAGUAGGUCUUGAAAUAGAAAAUCACUUGAAGAAAAAAGUGCGCGCCUUGGAAAAACAGGAAAUUCUUUCAGAAGAGAAACUCAGGGCUCAAUUAUCGGCAUUUCGCCACCAUCAUUCUCAGCAUAGACUUAAUAUAAUGAGCUUACUUGAUGAGGGAUUUUCUCAUAUUAAAUCAGCUAUGAACAUGGUGGAAGAAAAGCUCAAGGACUGCAGCACGAGUGAGAGAGACAUACAUUCUUCUCAAGUGAAUGAUUUAAAGUUCAAUGAACUUGAAUGUCAAGGUGUUCGGAUAAACAAUGAUGAUGGUUCAGAUUUGAUCUUUAAGAGGAAUCAGCCUAGCUUGACAACUACCAUUACUGUUGGAAAUAGUGAUGCUUCUAAGGCCCUUGCUGUGGCACUAAACGAGAAGGUUGAAACUUUAUUACUUCUCUCACAACAAGAAGAAAGACACUUGUUGGAGAGGAAUGUCAAUGCAGCUCUGCAGAAAAAAAUUGAGGAGCUCCAGAGGAACUUACUACAAGUUACAAAUGAGAAGGUCAAAGCUCUCAUGGAGUUGGCACAGAUGAAGCAGGAAUAUCAAUUAUUGCAAGAGAAAGUUAAUCAGGCCUCUAGACAAGGAAAAUCUCUUGGUGAGAUUGCAGUGAAAAGGACUCUUCAGGAAAAAGAUGGAAGAUUGAAAAAUCUGCUGAAAACUAGUUAUUUGAGACGCUGGACUGGUACACAAGAUUCAGAUGGAAAUGAUGCUGACACUCAUCGAGAUUCUGAAGCAAAUUUUGCUGAUAGGAGGGCUACCAAUAACAUGGAUUUUGCUAGGAUGAAGAUAGAGAAUGCAACUCUAAAAGAGAGCUUAGAAAGUAUGGAGCAUCUAAUUCGUGCAGUUAGGAGGCUUCACCUUUCACUUAUAAAGUUUAAGGAGCCAUCUGCAUCCAAAGGUAUGGAGAACUGCUCCUUGGAGUCAUUGGACAAUAUUAUUAACGAGGCAAGUCGGUUAAAAACUGCACUUGGAAUCUCCCUCCCUCUUAGUUGGUCAGUAGAGGCAGCUUCGGGAUCAUUCAGCAAACGUGUUGAAGAGGAGAUAGAUAAUGGACAGUCUACACAUGAAAACAUGAACUUUGUCUCUGCUGCUGGAUUUGAGAUGGUUGAGCUUCUGGUGUUUGUUGCACAGCUAUUGAAAGAGUACAGAUGUUGAUGCAAAGGAGGUUUUUGUUGAAUUGGAGUAUGGUUGAAAGUUGUUUCAUGUAUAGUUUCUCUGGAUGUUGGUCGAUCUUCAUACAAAUUUUGUUGUUGUAACAUAGCUAUACUAUUAGAAGCUUUCUCGAAUCACUGCUCAGUUAUCUUUUUUAACAUAUACAAAGAUGAAUUUUUGCUGGAUAAAUCAACUAUUUUUGAUGUGGGAGAGACAAAUGAAAUUUGAAAAAGAUGAAGAUCAUUCAAAAUGAUAAUCAAACUUGCGUCUUUUGAUUA